GCGGGUCCGGGGACGGGGCCGAGCCGAGUGCCCGGCGGGCGGUGGCGGCGACGGUGUUUGUGUCGAGUACAGGUCGGGAUUUCGGGUGGGCGGCUGGCGCCGCGAUGCUGCAGCUGCGAGACUCCGUGGACUCAGCGGGCACGAGCCCCACGGCGCUGCUGGCGGCGGGCGAGGAGGUCGGGGCAGGCGGCAGCGGCGCGGGCGGAGGGCGGCCUGGGGCGGGCACGCCGCUGCGACAGACGCUGUGGCCGCUCAGCAUCCACGACCCCACGCGCCGCGCCCGUGUCAAGGAGUACUUCGUGUUCCGGCCCGGCACCAUCGAGCAGGCAGUGGACGAGAUCCGCGUGGUGGUCCGGCCCGUGGAGGACGGCAACAUCCAGGGGGUGUGGCUACUGACCGAAGUUGAUCACUGGAACAACGAGAAGGAACGGCUGGUGCUCAUCACCGACCAGGCGCUGCUCAUCUGCAAGUACGACUUCGUCAGCCUGCGUUGUGAGCAGGUGGUCCGCAUCUCUUUAAAUGCGGUGGAUACCAUAUCCUGCGGAGAAUUCCAGUUUCCCCCGAAAUCGCUCAACAAGCGAGAAGGUUUGGGGAUUCGCAUUCAGUGGGACAAGCAGAGCCGCCCUUCGUUCAUAAACAGAUGGAACCCCUGGUCCACCAAUGUGCCCUACGCCACGUUCAUCGAGCACCCGAUGGCCGGCGUGGAUGAGAAAACCGCGUCUCUGUGCCAAUUGGAAAGCUUCAAAGCUCUGCUAAUCCAAGCUGUCAAAAAAGCCCAGAAAGAGAGUCCUUUGCCGGGACAGGCGGGCGGCGCGCUGGUCGUGGAGCAGCCCCUCACAAUCGAGACGUACGUGGGGCUGGUGUCCUUCAUCAACAAUGAGGCCAAGCUGGGCUACUCCAUGGCCAGAGGCAAGAUAGGCUUCUAGGCGCCACGUCGGGCCUGCGGGGAGCGCCGGGCGGCGUGGGGACGUGGGCCGGCACGGGGCCCGGGACGGGGCCACUUCCUGUUAGGGGUCUGAGUGCGUUCGGACAGUCAAAUGAAUUACAUGUUCCGGUGGAUGUGGACAUCUGGUAAUAUGAGCCACAGGCAAAAGCAAAAUGGACCUGGCUGUCCCUGCUGGCUGCUGGGCCAGCUUCUGGAACCUCGGUUUCCAUUCGGCUUCUCCGUCCGCCCCACCCCGCCCUCAGCAUGUUCAUAAACGUGAUUCCACGAGGACGUCCCGCCUGUGCCCGGUGGUGCCGGCCGGUGCUCCAGGCGCUGCACACCCAGUGCCCGUAGUCGCAAAUAAGUUUACACUUGGUGUCCAGUUUUGUAUUUGGAAAUGUAAUGACUUUUUAAAAGCUAGAUACGGAAGAAGCCAGCAGCCUGCUGAACUAAGCAGGAGAUGGUCUGCCUUGUCAGCUCUUGAAGGGACAGUUGCUUUUGUGUAAAUAAGUGAUCUGAAGUCCCACUUUGUCUAAAAUGAACCUACAUGAAUACUUGUGGCAUCUUCCUCAGGCCCAAGGUUUGCAGGAAAUCAUUUUAGAGCAAUUAAUCGGAGAAAGUCACCCUAAUAGUUCUUUGCACACAGUUUUGACAACUGUGUAUUCCAAGUUUGUACUGUCACCUUCGUAUUUUAAAAGGGAAUUGCUUCGUUCACUUUUAAAGAUGCACUUUAAAGAAGGAGCCACCUUAGGUCCUCAUGAAGCAGCUCCCACGCGGGCACAGACUUCUUCGGGGUCUUGCCCGGGCCUCCGUGUGCCCGUGGAACAUGUCACCGUGAGGACCUCCCUGCCACCCUGCCCCGUCCAGCUUGCCCUGUGACCGGAAGCACUUACCGGUCAACUUUAAGUGCUGGCUCGCAGGUUCCACCUUCACUCUUGGCCCUGGUGUCGCUGUCCUUGGCGUGGAUGUGACCCCUGACCCAUGUCCUGAACGCAGUAGCCUGUCCGAGUUGGAAGGCCGCCUCAGAACUGCGCCUGCUCCUGAGACUUGGCUUUUGGUCUCGCAGUAAAGACAGUUAGAAUCGA